UGUAAUAAUCAUUUUAUCAUCAUUUCCCUAUACAUAUGUAUUUUAGCGUGUUAUCUUCUAACAAUUCCCCAUAUUCCAAAAUAAUUUUAAUGUAAAAAUUAAAUACAAGUAUAACAUAGUUUUAUAAAUAUGUUGCUUAUUUCCCAUUAUUAAAUUUAUAUUUAUAGAUACAAUAUACAGAUAACAAUAUACAGACAAUAUAGAGUUCUCUUGCAAUGCGAAUAGUAAAACGCUACAAGGUUUGGGCCGAUAUAUCGACCCCCGGCACUGAAAGAGUUAAAAGAAAAAUGUAUGACGGCGGGCAUUUUUUAAACUUACUACGAUACUGAACCAUACUGAAAAACGUCUUUAGACUACUGGCACAACACCGCAGCAGAGACGACAGCAGCGCUGCAGUGGACAGCGCGAUAGCGAAGCAGCCAUAUUGUCAUACAAAUUUUUUGCCAGCUAUCUAGUAGUUCUCCUACUGUCCGUUGGUGGUGCUAGCUUACUAUAUAGUAGUUCACCUCCUCCCCGUUAGUGGCGCUAGUUUACCUCCUGCGCACCCUUAAGGGGAGUUUUUUCUUUUCAUUUUUUAUCAUCAGCAAGACCUGAGGGACCCCCCAUUGGGGGGCUGGUUUUCUUCAAACUCAGCUGGAACGCUUCUUUUUUCACUAAAGUUUGAAAUUCCGCAGUAACCGCUACUGACCCCCACCCCUCACUUCACUCCUUGGAAAACCUUUUCUAUUUAGAGAUCGAUGGCUCUCUCUGACUAGGGAAAAAACCCUACUCCACCAACUUUCCCACCGUCAUUCGCACUUUUUAACAAAAAUUUUCCUUCUCGAAACGGUUUUACUCCCGGUAAUCGAAAAAUUAGUCGGCACGAUCUCAACUCGAGUCUGCCUCGAACGGCCUCGGAACCGGAAGUGUGUACAUGUAGAAUUGAGAUAUGAAAUUCACUGAAAUUUCGCAUCUAUAAAAGUACUCACUCCAUGGUGUGGCUCUGUUGUAGUCACAUGCUUUUGUUUUUGCCCCUACCAGCCAGUAUCAGAGUAUCACAGUGUCGUCAGUAACAAAAAAGUAAUAAUUGUUACGUGCACUUUCACUUGAAGAUAUUUCAAAAUUUAGUAGCAACAAUUACUUUUAGAAUAUAUGCUUUACAAGAGUACAAUGCAUUCAAAUAAAUCAAAAUUAUCCAAAAGUAUCUUGGAGAUGAAGUUUAUGAAACGGACUAAAGAGAAAGUAGAAAAGGAACAGUUUCAAGAAGAAGGCGAAGAAUAUUUCGGAAAUGAAUUGACAGAACGUAUGAAGAAAGUACUAGACAGAUUCAUCACUGAACCUAGUUAUGUCUUCUGUGAGAAAUUAAUUGAAGGUAGACUAAGUUUCCAAGGUAUGAAUCCUGAAAUAGAAAAACUAAUGGAAGCAGAACAGAACAAUAAAUGCACGUCAUUGGAUGUAAAAAAAGAAACAGAUGUUUCAGAUGAACAAAUGGCAGAACGCUAUAAAGGAUUCAACAAAAAUGUAAAACGUGAAUAUAAAUAUGAGAAACUUUUAGAAAAAAAUAAUGAUGAAUAUAAACCAAUACCAAAGAAACAAAAGUUUUUGAAACCUCAAGAUUAGUAUUAAAUGAAAAUUGUUUAUAUAUUUAUUCAAAAUGUACUACAAAUAGGCUAACUUAAUAUUUUUACAAUUUUAGAUAAUAAAGAAAAAUGUUAGUUACGAAAGUUACAUUACUUGGAAGGAGACAUAAUUAUGAUAGCAAUAGUUUCUUUGCAGAUGAAGGUGUCGAGGAAAUUUAAUUGCCAAUUUCAUUCUUUUAAAUGGAGUGUUCAAUUUUUAUAUCAAAAUUAGGUAGAGUAAUAAAUUUUCAAAGUAAAAAAAUUAAGGUAAUCUAUCCCAAAAUUAAUAGGUUUUGAGAUUUUUAACUUAUAAAAUAAUAUUUAAACUGUUGUUUGCUGUUCAUUUGUAUUAGAAAUAAUGUACAUGUGAUAUAGCUGUUCAAAGAUUAUAAUUCUAUUAUAAUUCAGUAGCUAAUUAUCCCAGAAGCAUAACUUUUAUAAGCAAUAUUACUUCCUGUUAUAAAAAAUAUCAAAAACGGAAAAUGGCCUGUUUUGAGUGCUACACUUUAUAUUUUUUAACAUAGGUUUUUUUUAUACUAAAUGUAUGUGUUUAACUUAAUGAUAUCCAAAUAUGUAAAAUGCCGUUGGUUCAUUAUUCAAUGUAUAAUGCAGUGCCAGAAACUAUUUAUUUAAUAAUGGUUAUUUAAUGUAAUCCCAAAACUGAUUACAUAAUGUGCAAAUAUAAAGGAUUUAUAUUUCUGUA